CAAUUGCCAUCGCGGUUGCUGUAGUCCUUGUAGGAAAUAGGUAUAUCAAGCUGCCUCACACGCUGUGAUCUAGUGUUUUCUAGACAGUCAUAUACAGACCUUCUGAACACAAUCACAAUGCUUGCAGCAAGAGGCAGAUGCGUUUCGCGCGCCGCCACAUUACGCGCGAGCUCUUUAACAGCAUUCGCAAGAUCAAACACACGACUAAUAUCACAUCCACCCUCAUCCAAAGCACUUCAACCACUCUUCUCACAAGUUCGCACAUAUGCUAAAGGUCGACCGCAUCCUCCAGGCGGCACUCACCGCAUGAACCUGGGAGAAGAACCCGAAAAACCCGCUCUCGAACAGUAUGGCAUUGACCUUACUCAGCGCGCUCGAGAUGGCAAGCUCGAUCCAGUGAUUGGACGAGAUGCCGAGAUUCAGCGAACUAUCCAAGUCUUGUCGCGGCGUACUAAAAACAACCCUGUACUCAUCGGAUCUGCUGGAACUGGCAAAACAGCCAUUCUUGAAGGCCUGGCUCAAAGGAUCGUGAGAGGAGAUGUUCCGGACAGCAUCAAAGAGAAAAAGGUCGUCUCCUUGGAUCUCGGCUCGUUGAUUGCUGGUGCCAAGUUCCGUGGCGACUUCGAAGAACGUCUGAAGAACGUACUCAAGGAAACACAAGAAGCCGAAGGCAAGGUCAUCCUGUUUGUUGACGAGCUUCACACUCUUCUUGGACUCGGUAAGGCUGAGGGCAGUAUCGAUGCAAGCAACUUGCUCAAACCUGCCCUCUCUCGUGGUGAGCUACAAUGCUGCGGUGCCACCACGUUGAACGAGUACAGGUUGAUCGAGAAGGACGUUGCUCUCGCUAGACGAUUUCAACCCAUUCUUGUCGGCGAGCCAAGUGUCCAAGAUACGAUUUCCAUCCUUCGAGGUAUCAAAGAUCGCUACGAGGUCCACCAUGGUGUCCGUAUCACCGAUUCUGCUCUUGUCGCUGCUGCUACCUACAGCAACCGCUACAUCACCGAUCGUUUCUUGCCCGACAAAGCCAUCGACCUUGUUGACGAAGCUAGUAGUGCCCUCCGAUUACAGCAGGAGAGCAAGCCUGACGCUAUCCAAAAGCUCGAUCGCGAAAUCAUGACCAUUCAGAUCGAGCUUGAGUCGUUGCGCAAGGAGAAGGACAUCGCAAGCAAGGAGCGCAGAGAGCAGCUCGAAAAGAGUCUCACACUCAAGCAAGAUGAGGUUGGCUUGCUCACUGAGAAGUGGGACAAAGAGCGUGCUGAGAUCGAAGAGGCAAAAGGCAUCAAAGAGAGGCUGGAGAAGGCUCGACUUGAUCUCGAGCAGGCCCAGAGAGAAGCUGAUCUGGCACGCGCAAGUGAACUGCGCUACAGCACAAUACCGGCCCUCGAGAAGAAGCUUCCCAACGAGAACGCAGAAGGAGCAGUCGACAUGGAUGGCAACGCUCUUUUGCAUGACUCGGUCAAUGCAGAUGAUAUCGCCGCUGUAGUCGCUCGAACCACUGGCAUUCCUGUGAAUAAGCUUAUGUCAGGCGAGAUUGAGAAGCUUGUUCACAUGGAAGAUACGUUACGUCAAUCUGUUCGGGGUCAAGAUGAAGCCCUUACCGCCGUCGCCAAUGCUGUACGUAUGCAGCGUGCAGGAUUGAGUGGUGAGAACCGACCUCUCGCUUCUUUCAUGUUCUUGGGACCCACUGGUGUUGGUAAGACUGAGCUCUGCAAGAAGAUGGCCGAGUUCCUCUUCUCUACCGAAUCUGCCGUCACUCGCUUCGACAUGAGUGAGUUCCAAGAGAAGCACACUGUCAGUCGCUUGAUUGGAAGUCCCGCAGGUUACGUCGGCUACGAGGACGCAGGUCAACUUACGGAAGCCGUUCGUCGGAAGCCGUACGCAGUACUUCUAUUCGAUGAAUUCGAGAAGGCACACAAAGACAUAUCCACACUCCUACUGCAGGUACUUGAUGAUGGCUUCCUCACCGAUGCACAAGGACAUAAGAUCGACUUCCGCAACACCAUGAUCGUUUUGACGUCCAACCUUGGCGCCGAGGCACUUCUGGCGGACGAGAGCUCUAGUAGCGAGAUUUCGUCGGAGGUCAAACAGGAUGUCAUGGACGUGGUACAAUCGGCAUAUGCUCCCGAGUUCCUCAAUCGUGUUGACGAGUUCAUCAUCUUCAAGCGUCUGUCACGUGAGGCCCUCAGAGACAUUGCCGAUAUCCGUCUCAAGGAAUUGCAGGGCAGACUUGACGACCGCCGCAUCAAGCUCGAGGUGCCAGACGAUGUCAAGGCCUGGCUGUGCGAGAAGGGUUACGAGCCUCGUUAUGGUGCUCGUCCUCUCAAUCGCCUCAUUUCCAAGGAGAUUGGUAACGGGCUUGCCGAUCAUAUCAUUCGUGGCAAAAUCAAGUCCGGAGACGUGGCCAAGAUUGGAGUUCGCUCGGACGGAGAGCAUCUUGAAGUCCUCGCGCCCGAGUCUUCGUGAUAGUCAAGCCUUGUUGAUGUAAGAUAGUUAACGUGUAACGCACAGCAUGGUGGGAUGGUAGGAAAACAUUUAGAUUUGGGCCUUGGAGGAGAGAUGAGAACUGUACAUAUGUAAGAUACCACUCAUAAUGAAGAUACCACUCAUGAUAAGCUACAGACUUCUAUUCUCUCUCCUAGUUCAAUGUGUGC